AGGGUGAGUAAAUGAUGACAGAAUUUACAUUUUUGGGUGAACUGUCCCUUUAUAUCGGUUAACAUUAUAGUUUUUCACAUUUAAAAACUCAUUUCAUUUCAUGUUUAAUUUAACUAACAUGUAAGGAUUGGCGUUGCUAGUGUUGGAAGGGAUAGGCCUGAGAAUGACUGAUUCACCACCAACCACAUUUUUACUACUUUAGUUUCUAUAAAAUGUUUUGUAAAAGUAAUACAAAUGUACACUAUAUGUGUGGUACAACACUAUGACUAGAAAGUGAUGAUGUCAUUGUGAGAAUCCUCCAACUGAGAAAUACUUGUGUACUUCAGACUUCUCAAAAGAGCCUGAAAAGUAUUAAAUCUCGUGUUUAAACAUCACUUACAAUGAUUCACCUAUUUGAGCAAGUUUCUCAGUCAUAAGAGACAUGAUCUGAGCACAGAAUUCUUUUGACAUCAUAUAAUCUUGAGGAUAUAACGUUAACAUUGUAACUGUGGUGACACCAAGGUAUUAGGUUUAACAAAAGAAAGAAUAUUACUCCACUUUAUCUUUGGGCACCAGACAGAACUAUCAAAUUGAUUUUUCGGAGAUUCAUCUAGGCCAACGGCUAAAUAAAAAACAUAUAAUUAUAUAUAAUAGAAUGUAAAGGAUAUGAAAUAAAGGAAUUAAAAUGAAAAGAAGCAGUUGUACAAUUGGAAUUGCAAUUUACAUUAUUCUGUGGGGUAUUAAAGGAAGUAAAUGAGCAAUUAAAAAAAAUAAGAAACGGGGUUGAUAGAAAGAGUGUAAAAAAAAUAAAUAAUCGUUUAUUUAAUAUACAUACAUAUAUAUUAAGGAUGACUGAGGUAAUUUCCAGCAAUUGGAUCCACACUCCAGUUCAGAAGGUGACGGCAAUGCACCAAUAAGCUGGUUUGGCAACCGCCAGUAAAACUCAAGAAGAAGGUUUCCGGGUCAUAGGAUGGAGGAAGGAGGAAACGAGGGGGUAUAUUGAGAAGGACACUAUGGCCCUUGCCCAAAUGGCUCACUUCAUGUUGCGUUGCGGUCUCGUGGACUUAAAGUGCGCGUGUUCGCCAAAUCCGUUGGCUCAACCCGGAAAUCCUUCUGAACGCCCAGUAACAGAAUGGAUAGGAGGAGUGUUGUGGAUGUCAGACAUAUACAUAUAACCAUGACGGAUACAUUUUUAAAUGUAUGCUUUGAUAAAAUUCUAAUUUAAUUUCUUAUUUUGUGUUUAGACCAAACGCGAAUGGCGCGUUAAGCGCGAGUGAUUCACAUGUUAAGUCCAUGCAAAGACGCGAUAGACCUACUUACUUACGCCCGGAAGUGCAGACCUAUAGGGCACUAAGCAUGAGUCCACAAGGGUACAUGGGAAUGUAUUUUGGGGCAGACUUGAGGUCAUCACACCGGAAAGAGCAAGUGCUGCUUUCUAAUCACUCUCGCGGUUUUUUGUUGUCAUUCGCUGAUCAGUCUGCGCAGCACCACGUGAAGUCGAUCACUUGUUGUCCCAUUGUUGUUAUUUAGGACUGGAGCUGUCGGUUUUUAUUGUUCAACAUUUCAUAUGUUUAUAUUCCAACCAAGCAUUAUGAAAUAGAUACUUAUGUUUGUAAUGCAUUCGUUUGUCAUGACACAAAUGCAACUGUUUAUAUGUAUAUGUAUUUAUUUGUUUACACUACUAUUCUGUAUACACUUCUUAAUAUGAAUAUAUGUUGUUAUUUAAUAUUUCUCUAUAAUACAGAAGCUGUGUUGUUCAGCUUUUCAGAGCCCAGAGACAACUACAUAUAAAUAUACAAAACAUGCUUUAUUACCUAAAGUAAGAAAAUGCACUUCGUUAAAAGUUUUUAUUAUGAGCGCUUAAAAAUACAAAUGGGACACUCUACGAACUCGUAGACUUGGCGAGCACGCGAAAUCGAAGUCCACGAUAACGCAAGUCCAGUACUUGGGCAUGAAGUGCGCCAUGUUGGGACAGGGCCAGUGAACCUUCGCAUUCAGUCCGGUAGAGGGCGCAAGUGCUGCUGACGCUGUUUCAUCAGCCGCCAUAAGUCGGAAGGCUAGACGAGAGCGCUCUAUACCUCCUUUUGGACGUUAUUUUAGCUGUAAAUCUUUUCACCGGUUAGAUCAAUAUAAUCUUUGGAGAUGAUCGGAAACCUUAAGUGAUACUUCUUUUUUUCUGAUACUUGAUAUUAAUUUAUUAAUUAAUGUGUGAAUAGUGCAUUGAGUUGGUCUUUGUUAGCCUUUAGCAGGUUUGGUUAGCUCAGCAGUGGUCGUCGUCCGUGUGGGUGCGGCUCAGACUGAUUUAGAUGAAUUACACUGAAUAUCUUCAUUAACUGAUUUGCUAGUGGAAUCUAAAGCAGGAUGAGGAGUUUUUGUAAAAGCAUCGGUUUAUUACUCGUGUGCGGUGUGUUUGGUGCUGUGACAGAUGAGAAGUCAGUGUCAGUGAAUGAGGGAGAAUCAGUCACUCUUCACACUGAUGUCACUAAACUACAGAACAAAGAAAAGAUACUGUGGAGGUUUGGAGAAGAAGGUUCUGCCACACUUAUAGCUGAAAUGACUGGUGAAGGUAGUAUCACAUAUAAAGAUUUGGCUGAUGGGAGAUUCAAAGACAGACUGCAGAUAUUAGAUCUUCAGACUGGACAUCUCAUCAUCAAAAACAUUAAACACAAACACUCUGGACUAUAUAAAGUAGAUCAUGAAAGCAACACUGGAACAACAUACAAGAGAUUCAGAGUUACUGUCAGAGAUGCUCCACGUGUUAUUGGUUUUGAACAAAGUGAUGUUAAGUCAGCGCGUGUAAUUGAGGGAGAUUCUGUGACUCUACACACUGAUGUUCAAACACAGAGAGGUGAUCUGAUACUGUGGAGGUUUGGAGAAGAAGGCCUUCUUCUAGCUAAAGGUGAUAAAGAAGAAUAUACGAGCUCAAUAUAUGAUGAUGUUCUUGAUGGGAUGUUCAGAGACAGACUGGAGAUGGAUGAGCAGACCGGAUCUCUCUUCAUCACAAAAACCAAAACCACAGACACUGGAGUUUAUAAACUACAGAUCAUCAACAACAGAGACACAAAAUACAAGACAUUCAGUGUUUCUGUCAGUGAACCAGGUCUAUCUGCAGGACAGGUGACAGGAAUAAUCUGUGGUGUCCUGCUGGGUAUUGCUGUUGUUGUUGCUGUUGCUGGCGUGUUUGUGUUUCGCCGCAUUAAAUAUGAACAACAGAAACAAAAGGUUAAAGUGAUGAGGGUGCCUGAGGGACAUUCUGUCACUCUAGAGACUCAUGUCACUAAACUCCUGUCUGAUGUUGUCAUCGAGUGGAGCUUUAGAGAUGAAGUGAUAUUACAAACAGAGAACUUGUUACUCUUGAAUGUGGCUGAGAGAUUCAGAGACAGACUGGAGGUGGAUGAUCAGACUGGAUCUCUCAUCAUCAGACACAUCAGAACAGAAGACGCUGGACUGUAUAAACUAAAGAUCAGCAGCAGCAGUCCAGUGAAAUCAUUCCUUCAGUUCAUCACUGGUGGAGGACCAUCAUACUAUCAAUUCAAUGUUUUUGUCACAGAGAGGAUAAAACCAGUAAUGUUGGAAGGUUUUGUUACUCUAGAGACUGGUGUUACUGAAGUACAGACUGAUGAUAAGAUUCAGUGGACAUUUGAAAAUGAUAAAACUCUCAUAGCUGAAAUGACUGUAGGGACUAAACCCUCAUAUGACUCGAUUUAUGAGAGAUUCAGAAACAGACUGAGGAUGGACCCUCAGACUGGAGAUCUCGUCAUCAUAGACAUCACAACUGAACUCUCUGGAGUUUAUAAAGUUCAGAUCAUCAACAGCACUAGAGGAAGUAAAGUGAAGGACUACAGAGUUGCCAUCUCUGUGAUCACAUACACAGGAGAAUCUGUCACUCUACACACUGAGAGUGAAAUACAGAGCGACAGUGAGAUCAAGUGGAUCUAUGAAGAUGAAACCAUUCUGGAAACUGUAAAGAAUGGAGACGUCAGAAAUAUUAAAGAUAUUGAUGAUGAGAGAUUCAAAGACAGACUGAAUAUGAAUCCUCAGACUGGAGAUCUCACCAUCACAAAGAUCAUACAGACAGAUGAAGGACUUUACAUACUUCAGCAGAUCAACAGUGAUGGAAAGAUCUCAUGCAGAAUAUUCAGUGUUUGGGUCCGUGACGGUCAUCGUCCAAAUCAGAUGAAGCUGAACUCAGGAACUGAAGGAAAUAAAUCAACAGCAGUUGAGAUGCCUUUACUGAAUGAAGCAGAAGAUAGAUUUUGAUCAGAUUAUAGCUGCUCAUCAUCACAUCUGUCACAUUAUCACAUCUACAGUAAUAAAACUGAUUUACUGUUUCAUGAUCCGUCCUCUUUAAAAGAUCAUCUUCAUGUGUGCUGUUGAGCUUGAGUGAUAAAAGCUUUUAAAGCUAAAGUUAUUGUUUUUUUCUUUUAUUUGGCGUUAAAACUGUUAAAUAUUCAGGAUCCCUUUAUAUUUUUAUACUUCAUAUGUUACUCACUGCAUAGCAUAUGAUCAGUUUGACUCUCGUGCGUUUGAUGUUGUGUGAUUGUAGACAGAAUUGAUUUAAUAUCUGAUGAUGAAGAUGACAUAUGAUAUACAUGAAGAACAUCUUCAGUCUUUCUCUAACCCGUCUCUAAUCUGAUUUUAUACACAUUUAUAUAACAACUAACACCAAAAACAAGUUCAUGAUGAAGUUAACAUGAGAUCACAUGACAAUCUGUGUUUAUCACGUGAAGAAGAUUCUAGAAAAUACACGUGAGAAACAUCUUGAGCAUCAGCGUUAGAUUGUGAUGUCUGUUCAGUUUUUAUUGUUGAAGAAUAUUUUAGUGUUUCAUUUACAGUAUUAUUUACUACAUUAUGUGCCUAUAUAUUAUUUUUUAUAACGUACAUUUUUUGCUUAAGAAAAUCUGUUCUCUGAUCAGAUCUGAACGUGACAUUAUAAAUGUAAAUUCAGACUCUCAGUACAGAUAUAAAAACUUCAUAAAGCACUUAACUGAAUAACUCUUGCCUUAUUGCUCUUAUUAGAAAAGAAGAGACAAAUAUGUUUUAGCUUUAAUAGAAAUGUGAAUGUGAAACAGUAAUACUUGUAUUGUGUUCUGCUUUGACUGAAUCUUAUUUUUAUUUACUUUAAAAGUGUCAUACAUGAACAUGUAACAGUAUUAAAAAGUGUUUGUGUCUGAUCAUUUCUGUCCUUUAAUAGAUAAAGUGAUUAUUUAGUAAUGAAUGUUUAACAGUAAACACAUGCUUGUGUUGAGCUUGACUUGCUUCAAUGUGUUAUACUGAAUAUACAAUGUAUGACAAUAUUAAUAAAUAAAAAAUAAAAACUCAA